GGAAAAUCUUACGUCUAAAAGAAAAUGAUUAUGGUAAGCAUUACAUAGGUAGAAGUGAGCUGAGCUUAAUUGAUCGGGUUAUUGAAAUCAAAAUGGUGAUGGCUGUCCAAUAUAGUCAGUUUCAAGCUUUAAUGUGUAAAUUUCAUAUUAGAAAGAUUUUUCUGUUUUUUGUUGUUGUUAGAUAGAAAUGAUCAUUAGUUUGUUUCCUAAAGAAAAAAAAACUAACAGUCUGAAAACUUUUAAGUGUUCUACAUUAGUAAGACCACAUGCUAAGCAACCGCAAAUCCACAACAAUGACUUUUUUCUUCUUUGAACAGAAGUGGUUUGUGUUUAGGAUAUUACCAGGCACUCGGUGAGACAGGAUUUUAUGAGGCUGAAAGGUUUUCAGAACCUUCUGAUACUCUCAGAUUUAAAAUGCUGACCAAUCUCUUCUCUCAUCCUUUCCCUCAAAACUUUCAUAUUAAAAAAAGAAAAACAAUUCCAAAGAUAUUUUUCUUGAUAUCCAGAAAUUCUCAGGUCAUCUAAUGAAAACUUUCCUUUGUUCAAUGAAAAAUUACUAACAUGGGGAUAUAUACUUCAGUGGUGAAUAAACAGAAAUUCUGACUCUAACCUACAAUCCUACUGCUGAAUUUUUUCUGCCGCAAAGAAAGCAUAUGCAAGAAAAAAAAGUGUUUAUGCACACAAGCAUGAAUGUGACAGAAAGGCAUGCAGAUAAAUAAGCUAGACAUGUAGUUCAGUAUCGUUUCAUAUGCCAUGUGGUAUAUGUAGCCUGAGGAAUUUCUAAAACACAGGCCUGAGUUCAGGUGUAGAGAGAUUUCUGGUAAGACUGAUAUAUUUGGUUAAGAAAUACUUUCCUUGAACUUAUUUUUUAAAAAAAUAACAGUAUUACCAUAACAUGCACAUUUGAAAUGUGAGGACUAUAAAUAGGUGAAAAUCUGACAGGUGCAUUAGUGAAAUACAAAGCAGGAGGAGCUGAACCAAAACCAUCAGUUAAACGUUUUGUAUUUAGACUUCUUCAUUGUUUGACUCUUAGAAAGGUUGGGAAUAACAUGAAAGCCAUUUUCACCUUAACCAUGAAAGGAUUAUUAUCACUUAAUUACAUUUCAGUGACAAACUGCUUUCUGCAAAAUCCAGCCCACAGGACACAAACAUGAUCUCGGCCACACCUUGGCAUUACUGGUUUGCAACAUUAUUUCCCUAUCCUUUCCUGAAACCCAUUCAACAUGGAAUCAAACAAUAGCCACUCUGGCAAGAAUCCUCCUAUAUACACAAUGAAGAAAUAUUUCUGAGUUUCAUAAGUUACAGCACGAAUGUCACACUUCUUUUCACAGCAACCGAAGGGCAGGUGUUAGUUUGGCUAAAGCGCUCGGGAUAUUCUAAUGGCUUUAGUAUUUAGAACUGUGGCUCAACUAGCUGGAGUUUCGUUAUCUUUGCUGGGAUGGGUUUUAUCCUGUCUUACAAACUACCUGCCACACUGGAAGAACCUCAACCUGGACUUAAAUGAAAUGGAAAACUGGACCAUGGGACUCUGGCAAACCUGUGUUGUCCAAGAGGAAGUGGGGAUGCAGUGCAAGGACUUUGACUCCUUCCUGGCUUUGCCUGCUCAACUCAGGAUCUCCAGGAUCUUAAUGUUUCUGUCAAAUGGGCUGGGAUUUCUGGGCCUGCUGGCGUCCGGGUUUGGCCUGGACUGUUUGAGAAUUGGAGAGAGUCAGAGAGAUCUCAAGAGGCGACUGCUAAUCCUGGGAGGAAUUCUGUCCUGGACCUCGGGAAUCACAGCCCUGGUUCCUGUCUCUUGGGUUGCCCACACGACAGUUCAGGAGUUCUGGGAUGAGACCGUCCCAGACAUUGUCCCCAGGUGGGAGUUUGGGGAGGCCCUCUUUCUGGGCUGGUUUGCUGGACUUUCUCUUGUACUAGGAGGGUGUCUGCUCAACUGUGCAGCCUGCUCCAGCCAUGUUCCCCUAGCUUCGGGCCACUGUGCAGUGGUACAAAUGGAAGAUGAUCAUCAGCAAUUGGAGACGAGAAACACCAGCCUGAAAAACUAAGCCAGAAACGACAAGCGUCUGCUGUGCAGGAGGAGCCAGCUCAAUGCUGGGUUUGGACUGGUGAACCACUUCUAUCUUCCACUCUGAGACCAAAACCAAUCAAGACUUAAUAGUAAUGACACCCAUUACCGUGGAUGAGUUUUCUCGAUUUUAAAAUGGUGACUGCAUAGAAGUGGUAAAUAAAGCAUUAAAU